ACACAAAUAAAAAUCAGAAAGUCUGUUGGUAACGGAAGCGGUGGUUAAGAAUACGCCGAGGUUUCCCGGGAGACUGCGGCUAUAUAUUUCCCAACUCUUCAGUUGCUCAACGACGCUUCAGAUUUUGGUUUGGACUGACUGUAAAGUUUGGUACUUCUUUUGAAACAAUCGUAAAUUGAGUUGGUUGCUAAUGUUGGGAGAUUGAAACAUGGACUGUAGUAAUGAAUCUUUGAGGGUUGAUAUGGGGGUAACAGUAGGAGCUGGAGAUACUGCAGAUAGUGUGAGUGGGUUGAAAAGAGAAUCUGGUUAUUGCAGUCAGUGUUUAAAUCUGGAAGCACAGUUCAAGGAAAUGGAAAAUACUUGUUCCACUUUGCAGAAGGAGAUUGACCAGGAGAGAAAUGGUUUUAAGUUGCUUGAAGUUAAGUAUGAAACAUUGCGAGUCGAGAAGGUUGCUGUUGAGGAUGAGCUUGAGGUGUUGAAGAGAAGGAAUCAAGAGCUGGAAAAGCGGAUGCAUCAAUUUGAGAAUAAUGUCAUUAAUGAGGAAAAUGAAGAGGAAGACAAGGUUUUGCAGUUGAUGAUCGAGAACAAUAUCUUGGAAUGCGAGAAAAGGGUCGCUGAAAGUAAUGUUGAGUCUUGGAAAUUGAAGUGCAAGGAGUUGGAGUUGGUGAUGUUGGAAUUGAACAAAAAAUUUGUUUCUCAUGAAAUACACAAUAAGGUUGGUUUAGAUGCAAAUCCUUUUUUCUCUGAUGGAGAAAUCAUAUCUCUGCAAUCUCAAGAUUCAGGAAAAUCUUUGACAAAAACUCCAUGCCUGCAAGCCGAGCUUGUUGGAGGAAACAAGGCUUUAUUCUCUGAAAGUGGCAACAACCAUGUUAAAGUGAGGAAGCGAUUGACAUUUGAAGAAGAAAGAGGGUCAAACAAGAGGAUGGCUCCUUCUACCCCAGCUGGUGUAAGGCCCGCAAAUGUUGUUGUUAUCGACUUAAAUGAAAGUGAUGAUGAAAGAACUACUCGUCCUCUCUGUACAUCAAUAAAUGGAAAUGAUUAUAAAAAUUCUCCACCUCUCUGUACACCUCCCAUACCAGGAUCUAGAAUGGCUCGUGAUUCACCUUACCCUGGAUCAGGGAGCACCUUGUCUAAUAAUGAGUUUCCUUCAGAGAACAAUUUAAAGAUGACUGAUAUUGAGAAAGGCGAAGACAAUGACAUUUUAUGUGUUCCAACUCCAAAAAGAAGAAGAGCUUCAAACUUAAUUGCUAGUGAUAGUGACACUGAUGAUGAUAACGUUCCAAUUUGCAUGCUCAAGACUAGGCAUUUUCAUGGGAAAAGCUCCAAUGAUCAUCCCGAAGGCCACUCAAGUCAAACUGGUGAUUCUGGGGAGAAAGUCAGGAAAUCUUCUAGUAGGCGGCGCCUAGUGAAGCUAAGUCAUUGUGAAAUGAAAGAUGGUGGUGGCAGUGACAUCGAAGAAGAUGUGUCAGACAGUGAAGGAGAAAGCUUGGGUGGAUUUAUAGUUAGCAGCUCUGAUUGUUCUGAGAAUGGCGACAUCUCUAAUUCUGAGGGUGCUUUGGGAAAUAAUUCUUCUGUAGCUGAAGAUUCGGUAAGUGACUCAGAGCAUAUAUCAGAGAGUGAUACAGAUUAUGGUGAAAUAAUUUCGAGAAUUCGAAGGAACAAAAGUGAUAAAUUAGAGUGGGAGUUUGAGGGAGACAUGCUUGCUGCCUUUGGUAAGGAUCCUGAAUUAUGUAUGAGGACAGUUUGUGUUUUGUAUAGGCAGCAAACAGCUGAGGAAAAAUGUAGUAAAGAAACGAUAUUUCACAAUCAAAGAGGUUUCAGCCAGUGUGAUGCCUACAGGGGAAGCACCUUGGCUGAAUUUCUUACGGAUGGAGAUCCGCAAGGUGACAUGAACAAGUCUGUGGAGGAAUUGCAAGCAUAUGAUCCCAAGGGUAUUGAACUGUGCAGAACUUUGGCGACAAGAUACUCCAAGCAGCUAUUUGCAAUCUACAAAAACAAAGAGGAUCCGUUUUUCUCAGCUUCCUGACAUAGUAUGUGGUUUUGUUCCUUGCCCGACAUAAUGGUCCCAUAUCAGUCUUCCUAUCCUUAAUGUAGAUAUGACAGCUUUUUGAUCAGGAAUGUAGAUAUGACAUCUUAUCAUGUACAAUCUGUCCUUCUGUAUAUAUUCAAGCUAGGUGCUUUUGCUAUCAAGAAUUUAACAACUAUUACUACACCUCAAUCAUGAGCAAGUUAGGGUCGACUAUAUGAAUCCACUGACCAUGUCGCCCAUUUAAGCUCAUCUCGAUUAAAAUAAUACAAUGUUAGCGUUUGGCCUAAUCCAAACCUUGUAUA